UAAAUUGCCAAAAUGUCAAUUUUUAUUUUUUGAAUUUCGGUAUCUUAUCAGAUAUAUGAUAUAUGAAACAUAAAUACAUCGCUUUGGCUUUCAACGAUACUUUGUUACCUUUGUGCCUCUGGUGUGUAUCGAUGGAUAAAUGUGAAAUAAUUUUUACUAAACUGUAGCUGUGGCUGUAUUUAGCAUUCCAAGUUUAAGCAGAUAGGCUUAAUUGUGAACUAAAGCGGUGAUGUACUUAAAGUCACAUAAGAAGACGCCACUGUUCUCUAUCUUUGUCACAUAUAUGAUGAAAAUCAUCCAUCUAAAGGCAAAUUAUGUCAUUGAACUAUGCCUUUGCUUUUUCACUUUUUCUUCUUUUACUUGUAGGCCUUAAUCUUUACUUUUUUUACGCCUUAAAUACGACCGGAAAAAAACCUUUACCUUAUACUCAACCAAAUGUUAAAUUAGAUUUAGGACCAAGUGUUUUUAAAGACAUAUACACAUAUUUUAACUAUUUACCUAAACAAUACAAAACAAAAAAUCCUAAAUUUAUAGAAAAACAAAGGGAUCUUAUAAGCCUGUUUAACUCUAGCGCGGGUACAAAUUCAAAAGAUGUUUUGUAUGAAACUGAAAAGUGGGUCAGUGAUGAGUCUUUAUUCCCACAUACAAAUGGAGCGCCAGGUCAGAUACUGCAAGCAAUACAAAACUCACAGAUAGCACUGGUUGAUAAUGCACCAAAAGGGACACAACUUAAACUAUUACUAUUGUUAGAGGGUAAACAAAAACUUUACUUCAAGCCAAAGAGAUAUGAACUAGACAAUGUAAUAAAAGGCAAAAUAUAUGCUGGUUAUGAUAGACAUAACUCUGAAGUGUUUGCUUACUACUUAGCAAUGGUCUUGAACUUCAAAUGGAUUGCCCCUUCUGUUAUAAGAAAGAUUCACAUCGAUAAAGACAUAGUGCCAAAGGCAACUUUAGCUUUAAACAAAACUAUGGUAAAAAAUGAAAGUGGUUCAACUUGUAUUUAUGGAAAAUGUUUUUACUGUAAAAGAAAUGAAACAGUAUGUCCUGAUCAAAAUGGUGAAAUAGAAGGCGCAGCGAUAUUAUAUUUGGAUAGACAAUUUAAAAUACAUAAAUCACCCUGGCGUAGAUCUUAUACAACAAGAAAGAUGGAAUGGGAAGAAGAUAAUAAUUUUUGUAAGAAAGUUAUAGGAACCUUGAGUUUAAAGAGGAUUUUAAAUCUGAUAGAUGUGGCGGUUUUCGAUUUUUUGAUACAAAACGGAGAUAGGCAUCGCUAUGAAGUAUAUAAAGACCAAAUAGUAUUGUUAGACAAUGGAAAAGGUUUGGGAAACCCUACUGUAGAUGAAUUGGAUAUUCUAGCUCCACUCUACCAAUGUUGCAUGUUAUCUUCAAAAACAUGGCAAAACUUAGAAUUGCUUUCGGGUGGGAGUUUAUCGGAGACAAUAGAACUCUUGGCAGGGUAUCAAGGAAACAAAUUAGCUACGGAAGAACAUUUUAAGGCGGUGGACCGGAGACUAAUGAAAAUUUAUGCCACUGUGCAAUACUGCAUAGGCAAAUAUGGAAGCACAAAAGUACUCAAAAAAAAUUAACUCAAUUUUAGACAUUUAUAUUAUCUUUAAAUCCUUAGUGAGAAAUUUAUUAUUGUUACUAUGAAAUUACUAAAUUAUAAAUAGGAUAUUGUACCUAUUGUACUCUAGUUUUUUGUUAAAUCUACCGUGAUAUGCAUAAACAAUUGUUACAUAAAAAUUGAUAUUGUUAAGGUUAUUAAAAAUAAGUACCAUUAUCA